UUCCUUUUCCUGUUUGCUGUUCGUGGACCGGAAGUGGAGUGUUGACCUGUCACUGCCAGCGGUAGCUUCUGCUCUUAUUUCAAUAUUUGAACGUGGAUAAUAAAUCGUGUUACCUGUCCUUGGACAUGUCGGCCAGGAACCCCGGAACCAAGCUCGACUUGGAGAGGAUAUCCAAAGUGAGAGUAAAUACUCAGGCUGUGCUGAAGAGAGCCCAGCAAAUUCAAGGACAGAAGACCCCCAAGAAACAGUGGCAGGCUGCCUGGCUGCUAAAGGCUGUCACAUGUAUCGACCUGACAACUCUUGCUGGAGAUGAUACACCGUCCAACGUCCAUCGGCUGUGUCUGAAAGCCAUCCAGCCGGUCCGAUAUGACUUGCUCAAGAGGAUUGAUAUGCACGACAAAGGAGUGACUACAGCAGCAGUGUGUGUGUAUCCGUCUCGUGUGGCGGAUGCUGUCAAAUCACUAAAAGCAGCAAACUCCAGCCUCCCUGUUGCCUCAGUGGCCACUGGUUUCCCAGCAGGUCAGACACCACUGGAGACCCGCCUGCAGGAAGUCCGCCUGGCAGUUGCCGAUGGUGCCACAGAGAUCGACAUCGUCAUCAACAGGACGCUGGCCCUCACUGGACAGUGGGAAGCCAUGUAUGAUGAGAUCCGUCAGUUUCGGGAGGCCUGUGGUGAAGCCCACAUGAAGACCAUCCUGGCUAUUGGAGAGCUGGGCACCUUUACCAAUGUCUACAAGGCCAGCCUGGUGGCCAUGAUGGCUGGUUCUGACUUCAUCAAGACGUCAACAGGAAAGGAGUCUGUCAACGCCACUUACCCUGUCGCCAUAGUGAUGGUGAGGGCCAUCCGUGACUACUUCUUGUCUACAGGCCACAAGGUGGGCUUCAAGCCAGCAGGGGGGAUCCGGACAGCCCAGGAGUCUCUGGUGUGGCUCUCUCUGAUCAAAGAGGAGCUGGGCAACGACUGGCUCAGCCCGCUGCUGUUCCGCCUGGGAGCCAGCAGCCUGUUGGCUGACAUCGAGAGGCAGAUCUACCAUCAUGUGACGGGACAGUAUGCAGCCUAUCACGAGCUGCCUAUGGCCUAAAGCUGUGGACUUCCUGUUUGAACGACCAAUCAGAACCUCAGACUCACCACAUAGCCCUUUAAAUUUUCUUCCACGCUCAUGUUGGGUGCUCUGCCUGAAGACUGGGACCAAUGUUUGUGACACAGAGGAAACUGCUUAUUCUCAUCAUUAUUAUUAUUAUUAUUAUCAUCUAAUAGUGUAGUCAGUAUACUAACAGAGAUUAACAGGUGAAUAAACUUUUUAAUGUGGUGAGUUCAACUUAACUUGAAACUCAUUGAUUCAGAGUUUAUAAAAUAAUAUUUAUCAAUUUAGUUUUCUCCCUCUAAUCCUAAAAGUCUUUAAUGUUAAAGGGAUAGUUUAGAUCUUUUGAAGUGAGGUUAUAUGAGGUACUUACCCACUACAUGAUUGUCUGCACGUUCCAAGUUUGGAGAACCAGACGUGCGCUCCAGGAAAGGAAAUUAAUAAAUAUAUUGCUGCAGGCGAAGACUGCAACAAAAUGUAUUAUAACCAUAACCAACAAAGGUCCACCUUAAAAAUGUUAUACCCGUUUAUGUGUACACUAUAUUUAGAAAAAGGCCACAGAUUUUUGCUGCUAUCCACAGCCGUUUCAUUUGGCAGUACUUUUUCUCAACGUAGAGCGUCCAUGUCCCUAUGCAUAAUACACACAUAAAGGGGUAUAACAUUUAUAGGGUGGGCCUUUGUUUAGUUGGUUAAAAUACGUUUUGUAACGGUUCCCAUCUGCAGCAAUACAUUCAUUCAUUUCCUGCCAGGAGUGUCUGGUUCUCUAAACAGGGAACGUGCAGACCAUCAUGUACUGCAGGUAACACACUGUUUGUUGGUAAGAACCUCAUUCAACCCCACUUCAAAAAAUCUGAACUAUCCUUUUAUCUCUUGUCCUUGCUGAUCUUUUACAAAAUGGAAACUUAGCUGACUGUUCUCACGGCUUUUUAUAAUCCCAAAACACAGAAUCGUAUUGCAAUUAUCACUCGAAUACAUGUCGUAUGCAGAAAAAUAAUGCAACCCAGAAUGAGGGCUGGGCGAUAUGGACCAAAAGUCAUAUCCCGAUAUAUUUAGGCUGAAUAUCGAUAUACGAUAUAUAUCCCGAUAUUUCUAUCACAAAGUGAGAGCAAAUGUUCAGAGUCAAAUCUGACAUGUCACAAGUAGUUUUAUUGAAACUGUUUAUUUAAGUGAACAUAAAUACUGAAUAACAACAGGAGUACCUUUUUAAAAAAAAAAAAAAAAAAAUCAUAGCUUCAUAAAGCGCACAUGGAGCAAGGAUCACCCUGCCAAUUUGAACUAUAUCGAUAUAUGCGA